CUCUUAUCAAACUUUUAAGCCCUUGAUCGUCGGACCUCCCCCCUUAGCUCCUUCCUCUUUCUCUCAAUAUUCAAUGGAGCUUCAUAAAGCCCUCGUCAAGCGUCUGAUUACUAAGAGUUACGGCUAUAGACUCUCCUCACCGGCAGUAACUCUAGAACACUCACCUUCAACUCACGCCCACAGUCUUGUUCCCCCAAAUGCCCUUCAAACAAACUUCCACCGUGAGUACAUAACGUCUCCGGAAUUAUCGGGGAAAGGCUUUUUCCGUAAAUUUCUCCAGCGGAGAGGAAUUAACCAGUCGGCCACCAGAAUCCCCGAGUUUCUCUCCCUGCCUAUCGGUGACAAGCUCAGAGAGAAACUGAAAGGCAUUAACAUUGCCGGAGAUCGCCUCCGGUUGGAAGGACUCGCACCUAAUGUUCCCGACACACCGGCGACGGAUGUUCCGUACGGCUUCACGGUUCGUGACGCGAGGAAGCUGUUGCGGCUGUCUCAAGUGGAAAAGCUAAAACUGAAGCUGAGAGAAAUUCAGAAGAGUUCGAUUUCGCACCAUGAGUUUGUACGGAUCUGUGUUGAUUUUUGUGAGAAUGAAGACCAAGGGACUGAGUUUGCUAAGCUGUUGGAUGAGUCUGGGACCGUCAUCGUUUUAGGAAACAUAGUUUAUCUCCGACCGGAGCAGGUGGCAAAAUCAAUGGAGACAUUAAUUUCGGAAUCUGUAGCAACCCCAAAUGACCGGAGGAGAGAACAACUGGAGCAGAUGGAAAAGCAAAAGGCCAUAAUUGACCAGAAAGCUAAAGCCCUUGUUCGAGGAGAACUGUAUUGUGGGUUGGGCUUUUUGGUGGUCCAAACACUUGGGUUCAUGAGACUCACCUUCUGGGAACUAAGUUGGGAUGUUAUGGAGCCCAUAUGCUUCUUUGUCACAUCGCUUCACUUUGCGAUUGCCUAUGGUUUCUUCCUGAGAACCUCGACAGAACCUACUUUUGAAGGCUUCUUUCACCGACGAUUCAAGGCUAAGCAAGACAAACUCAUGAAGGUCCACAACUUUGAUGUGGAUAAAUACAACCACCUCCGCAAACUCUUUUAUCCUGAAAGUUUGCCAAACUUGGAUUGUUUUAAAUCUUUAAAUCAUGAAGAAGGGAGAGCUCUUAUGUUCAGUAAAUAGACCGACAAAUUUUAGAAUUUGAUUCUGAUGAAAAUGCUAGUGGUUAGAAUGGACUUUUAAAUCGAACCAGUAAUUUUCGUUCAACUAUCUGAUUAGCCUAUAGCCCUUAUGCUUGGCAAGGAUCUUGUACAGCGAUAUACAUAUCUUCUUUGUAAACGAUACAGAGAACGGCAAAAUUUUAGAGCCGAGAUGAUGCUAUUACCAAUGCCAAAAUUGAAACAAAGUUUAUUUGUCAACUCUUAAUUGGCGUUGUUAAUAAGAUACAUAAAGAAUUCUAUUUAUUUGGAAGAAUAUAGGAA